AUGGUGGGGUCUAGAUCUUCAUGGUGGGGUCUAGAUCUUCAUGGUGGGGGUCUAGAUCUUCAUGGUGGGGGUCUAGAUCUUCAUGGUGGGGGUCUAGAUCUUCAUGGUGGGGGUCUAGAUCUUCAUGGUGGGGGUCUAGAUCUUCAUGGUGGGGGUCUAGAUCUUGAUGAUCUUCAUGGUGGGGGUCUAGAUCUUGAUGGUGGGGGUCUAGAUCUUCAUGGUGGGGGUCUAGAUCUUGAUGGUGGGGGUCUAGAUCUUGAUGGUGGGGGUCUAGAUCUUGAUGGUGGGGGUCUAGAUCUUCAUGGUGGGGGUCUAGAUCUUGAUGGUGGGGGUCUAGAUCUUCAUGGUGGGGGUCUAGAUCUUGAUGGUGGGGGUCUAGAUCUUCAUGGUGGGGGUCUAGAUCUUGAUGGUGGGGGUCUAGAUCUUCAUGAUCUUGAUGGUGGGGGUCUAGAUCUUCAUGGUGGGGGUCUAGACCUUCAUGGUGGGGGUCUAGACCUUCAUGGUGGGGGUCUAGACCUUCAUGGUGGGGGUCUAGACCUUCAUGGUGGGGGUCUAGACCUUAAUGGUGGGGUCUAG